UCGCCGGCGACCAUGGACGAGCUGCGGGUGGCCCACGCGCUGGACAGCCCCGGCGGGGGUAGUAAUGAUGUUUUUCUUCUUGACUCACAUAAUGCAUCACCAACUGUUGCCUUCCUACAAGAAUUACCCAGUUACCAGUCUAUGUUGAGGAGCAGAACAUCAGAUAGAGCAUCAAGGGACUACCAUAGCUUAGCACGUUCUGUUUCUGGAGAGACCAGAAAUCUCUUGGAAGGGGUUGGAUCAAGAAGUCCAGGCUCUGCGCAACCACUGAGAGAAUAUGCGUUAACUAUUGCAGAGAAGAGGCAAUUAAGGGAGAUUCAACAGGCCAACAUAAAAUACCUGUCAGGUUGGAAUCAAUGGAAGCAGACAAGCAGUAAAUCAAUGAGGAAACUUGUACAGGAUACCAAAGAACUGUCAUCAUAUCUGCAGCUUUGGAGACAUGACAUUCACAGCAUUGAAGGGAAAUUUGGCACUGGGAUCCAGUCUUACUUCUCCUUCCUACGAUUCCUAGUGAUCCUCAACUUUGUGAAUUUCCUCCUUGUGUUCAGCUUUAUUACCCUUCCCACUGCUAUUUCCAGACAUGGAGUUGUCAAUAGCAGCUAUAUUAAAGUUCCUCUGAAGAGCUCAGAUCCAGUCUGCACAAUUUAUGUAGUCAGUGGUACCAGGGGACUCAUUUACUUCUACAGUUAUAUUAUAGAUCUCCUGUCUGGCACAGGUUUUCUUGAAAUGACGAGUCUCUUUUAUGGCGAUUACACAGUGGAUACCGUCUGUUUUGGCCUCCUGAAAUACCAAGUGCCCCUUGCGUAUCUGCUGACCACGCUGGCGUACCUUUCAUUAAGCUUCCUGUGGAUCGUCAAAAGGUCUGUCGAAGGGUUUAAGCGAAGCUUGGUGGGCAAUGAAGAUCAGUUUCAGAGCUACUGCAACAAAAUAUUUGCUGGGUGGGACUUCUGUAUUACGGACGUAAAUGCUGCACGGCUGAAGCACAGUAGCUUACACUAUGAACUUAAAACUGACUUGGAGGAGGAGAGGCAAAGGCAGAAGAUAGCGGAGAGAACCACCAAAGAGAAAAUACGUAUCUAUUGCUUGAGGAUCUUCUUAAAUUGCGUGGUCCUUGCUGUUUUGUCAGCUUGCUUUUAUUCUAUCUAUCGAGCCACUGUCUACUCGCAAGAAAAUAUUUCCACCGACAACAAAACUAGGUUUGAGGACAACCUUUUAGUGCAGUACUUACCUUCUAUGGUGAUCACGUUGGCCAACUUUAUUGCCCCCUUGAUUUUUUCAUUUCUCAUCAAAUUGGAAGACUAUUCACCAGCCUUCGAAAUCCGGUUAACACUGAUGAGGUGCGUCUUUGUGCGGUUGGCCAACAUUGGUGUUCUCUUAUUCUCGCUGUGGACUCGGAUCACGUCCUGUGCUAAUGAAAAGUGCGAGCCCUGUGGAUACAACUAUCAGCUCUAUCCUUGCUGGGAAUCCCGAAUUGGCCAGGAAAUGUAUAAGCUAAUGAUCUUUGACUUCAUCAUAAUUUUUGCCAUUACAGUCUUCAUUGACUUUCCUAGGAAGUUGAUGGUUACCCAUUGUUCAUAUAAGGCCUGCCGGUGGUGCGGACUGCAGGAGUUUGCCAUCCCCGACAAUGUAUUGGAAAUAGUUUAUGGGCAAACCAUCUGCUGGAUCGGAACUUUCUAUUGUCCGCUCCUCCCUGCCAUUGCAACAAUAAAGUAUUUCAUCGUCUUUUACAUUAAAAAGAUAAGUCUGAUGCACACCUGUAAACCUUCGACCCGGCCCUUUAGAGCGUCCAGCUCCAACUUUUUCUUCCUGGUGGUUCUCUUGAUUGGCCUCAUUUUAGCUUUCAUUCCGUUGGGACUCAGCAUGACGCACAUUCCCUCUUCUAAAGCCUGUGGCCCUUUUAUGAAUUUUAAUCAUUCGUGGGACGUCAUUCAACAUACAAUCCAUCAGUUCCCAGUCAGUUUGCGGCAGGUCCUGGAUGGCGUCGCUUCGGAAGCGUUUGCCGUACCUUUCUUUAUGGUCGUCUGCCUUAUUAUGUUCUAUUUCAUUGCCUUGGCCGGAGCACACAAACGAGUUGUUAAUCAACUCCGGGAACAAUUAGUUAUGGAGAGCCGUGACAAGCUCUUCCUCAUCAGGAAACUGACAGAAGCUCAGAGAUGUAGCUGAGAUGCCUUUGGAUACCUGUUGCGUUCAGAGUUGUUUUGGGAACCGCUCGGUAAGGGACAUCAAGUCAGAAGAAAUCUACAGUGCUUCUCGAGCAUCACUUGGGAUCUCGUCAUUGCAAACUGGGAGUGAACUUGCAGGACUUCUGCAACUUAGGUUUCAUUCCUGUUAAGGUGUCUUGAUACUGGGUCUGUAUUUCCUGUUGUUUACAGCCUGGCUAUUUCUGUUUCAUCGUCUUGGCUGUCCUGCUGUUGAUCAGCUCAGGGGAGUUGUUGAUCAGCUCAGGGGAUCAUUUAUUAUGUCAGGGUGCUAUGCUUGUCGUUAAGCACGGGGGCCCAAAUUUGCAGGACUUCUGUAUUUUUCUGUUGCUACAGAAUUAAGCGAGACUCUUUAUGUCCCUGCACACAUUAUCUCUACUAUAGUAGGGGUCUUUGUGAGAUUUGUAUCUUCCGCCGUUUACAUUUUAAGCCUCUAUUUUUCAGGGGCCUUGUGAAAAAAAAAAGAAUGCUUCACUGAGAAGGUUAUGAACUAGUUUAUGGGAAUUUUAUGCACACCUUUCUUGGGCCAGGAAGCAUUUUAGAGAAGAUUUCCCCACCAGUGUUCUGACUACAUCAUUCCUGAGCUAGCCACAUGGUAAAGUGUAUACAGCAACACAUAGACCUUCUUGUUCUGCGCAUGUGUGCAAUUACAUACACAUACUUGGAGGAAGGGAAGAUGUAGUCCAUGUUCGUAACUCAGGAGCGUGAGUCAAACAGGGUAAUGAUCUCCUGACACCCUAAGUCCCUCUGAAGGUGUGUUGGGUGCAAACUCUGCAUGGUCUCUCCCUCCCUCCAGAUUCUCAUUCAACUUCUGUGGACCAGUAAGCUUUUU